AUGCUUUUAAGGAACAUCACCCGUUGUUUGCUCCCACGGGCGUUGUGUACCUCGUACACUUCCGCACGAGUGGGAACCUCACCGACUGGACUCGCCUCACCCAGUCUUCUGAUUGAAAAGAGAAUGCCCACUUUACUUAUCGAUGUGCCGAAAGUGGAGAAUUUGACUUGCGGAACAGGCCAACCUGCUCAGCGUGGUCGUCGAAAGCCAUUGGUGUGGAAACGAAGGCAUCCAUGGUUUGAUAGACAAUGGUCUCUUGAUCUCAAGCGUGCAAAGAAGGGCCCCUUAACACCACAGUUUCCUGAGGGUGUGCCAUUCACUGCGAUUCGGUCCUUUCAGUCCUUUGCCGGGAAGUCCUGGAAAAUCAAUGCAGGGCGUCGUAGGAAGAUUCGUCUUUCCCUAAAACGGGGUCGCCGAAAACUUUUAUAG